UUAAAAACAACAUCUACUCCUCGCUCCGCCCCACACGGCCACACCCCUAGUGCCGUGAGAUCGACGGCGCCCUCAAACUUCGUUCCUUCCCAAAUCCCAAACUACACACAGGCGGCGGCCGGAGGAACGCAACCAACGCGCGCAGGGCUGCUCUCUCUCGUCUCCCUGCCUUCUGCCCUCUUUCGUGAGACCCACGGCACCCUCAAACUUGGUUCCUCCCCAAACCCCAAUUUCCAAACCCUAGAUCGCCGAUGAGCACGAGGAGAAGGAGACGCGCCGAGGAGCCCUCCUCUUCGGCUGCGGCGGCAGAGACGACCAAGGGGGGAAAGGCGACAUGGUUUUGGGAGGCGGGCGGGAGGCUUGUGGAGACCCGCCGGCCCGUGACUGCCGAGCCGAUGAGCGGGAGGUACGCGGAAGAGGCGGAGGACGAGGAGUGGAUCGUCUCAGAUGAUAAUGCCCUCCCCCUCAUCCCGAGCAGCCGUCCUCUCCCUCGUAGAUGCCCCAAAUUCCCCGACGGUGGAAGCAUGAAAGAGAUCUCAGAGUGGAACAAGGCUUGCGAUAGGGUGUACAAGCUGGCUGUCAAUGAUCCUGUAACCCAUCCUCCUCUCCUGAGGGAGACAAAGGACGACUUUGACACUUCAUCUAGUUCUACUAGUGAUGAGUUCUACUGCUCAUCCUCAAGACACAGGGAGAUGAUUCUUGGGUUAGCAAGAUCGAUUGUCAGCAUUUCCUCCACUGAGAAUGAUGGGUUGCCAGAAUGGAAUUUUAAUGGAAUCAUCAUUGGUCCAUCUGAGUCAGAUGAGCGUGCUAGGAUACUGACCAGUUCUGAAACUGUCUGUGAUUAUGAAGGAAAACUCAAUCACAAGCUACUUGUUCGUUUACCAAGUAAGGUCAUUAAGGACGGAGAGCUUUUGUUCUUUGAUCACCACUAUGGCCUUGCUGUCCUGGAGAUCUCGGUUGAUAUGUUAUUGCAGUGCCCUCCCUUCGUGUCAAGUCCAGAUUAUGGAGAUGAUGUCUUUGUAUUGACAAGAAAGGAAGAUUCUUCGUUGAUGACUACGGCAGGGAAGGUCUUAUGGCACAAUGAACCUUAUUUCGGGCGCAACCAUUAUUUGUAUCUUAGCUGUGACCUUCCCGAGCGUAUCUCAGGUGCAUUGGUAAUGGAUCGAGAUGGAAAUAUUGCUGGAAUCACUUUUGAUUGCCCCAGCCCAAAAACUGCCGUGCUUCCGAGCUUCAUUAUCAAGAAGUUGAUUGAAAUGGAAAGCAACUUCAGGUAUAUGGCUCGUCCAGAACAUGAUUUGUCUUUAAGAGCAGUGCAGUUUUUGGAUAUUUCAAGGAAGGAAGAAAUCUUAUAUAAACACAACAUUGACAGUGGUUACCUUGUCGAUCAGGUAAAAAUCAAGUCCACUGCAGAAAUCAUUGGGAUUAGGCGUGGCGAUGUGAUCGUUUCAGUUAACGGGAUGCGGUCUCUGAAUAUGCUAGAGUUGGAAGAGUAUUUUCUUUCUCUUGGCCAGCAGUUUCUGGAGAAGAAAAUUGAAUCAUCCAAGAUUGUUCUGAAGUUGAAGGUUUAUGACCCCCUUAACUGCCAGGAGCACACUCUAUGCCUGCCUCUGGGAUUUUCUUGCCUUAAAACAGUAAAGGAGAGGGUAACUGAGAAGAUAUCACCUGCCAUCAAGGGCAAGAAGAUGCCGUCGGGAAGGGUCUUAAGCCCUCGUAAGACAGGGGGAAAAGACCCCGAAGACUCACCCCCUCGUAAGAAAGGGAAAAUAGUGGAGGGAAAAGACGCCCAAGAAAGUCUCACGCCCUCUUAAAAAAGGGAAAAUAGUGAGGGGGAAAGACAGCGAAGAUGACUGACUGGUUCUGGUGUUCUUGACAACUGAUGUGAUCCAUCGAUGGCGGAUUCUAUUUUGGAGGGACUGUUUGGCAGAGAGCUCUGGCUCCUACAAACAGGACUGGCAUAUAUGUCAUAUUAUAUUCAAAAUGUGAAAUGCCUAGCGCUUCACUGUAUACCCGAGGACAAUAUAUACAAUGCGCUUUUGUAUGUGGCAGGUAACCACGUUAGGAUCUACAACCUGUAAGGUCAGCUUGUGUAGUUCGCUUCAUUGUAUACCCCUACCGAGGACAAUAUAUACAAUGCGCUUUUGUUCGUGGCAGGUAACCACGUUAGGAUCUACAACCUGUAAGGUCAGCUUGUGUAGUUCUGUGCCGGCCACCGGUGAUAGUUAAGCUGUACGAUCGU